CUCCUCCCCCCACGCUCGCGCCGGUCUCCGAAGCCGUACAUCUGCGAGAGAGAGGAGAGCAGCUGCUUGCGCCUUUGUCGCCUACAACAGGAACUCGUCUUAGACCGGUCGCCCAUGCAGGCUGGCUCCUGCGUGUGCGCCUUCGAUCUCGUCCGCACGUUGACCGGGCGGCGCGGAGUGUCGGCGGAGUGUCGGAGCAACUCCGCUCUCUCGCACCUGACGGUGUCCGACGCCGGCGCCCACCUCAGCCGGAGCUUUUGCGCGCGCUGCUUCCUCGGAGUGGUCACCGAAGGCGACGGCGGCGGCAGCGCGUCGUCGCUGAGGCGCAUCAUGUACUCGUACCUCACCUCUCCGGGGCUGCUCGGUUUCGGAGGCGCGUGGCGAGGCGACCGCAGCGCGUGGGACGUCGUCAACGCAGCCAACGCCUCGUCGCCCAAGGUCGAUCAGCCGAUCGCCAUGUACGUGGAGCCCGCAGACAAGUACGUGGCGGUGCGCGCCAUCGUCGACCUCUACCGCCGCCGCACCGGCAGAUCGAUCCCGGACUCGCACGUCUUUUUCUUCUCCGACACGGCGGCGGACGUCGCGCCCUUCGAGACUGCCUCCGCCUCCGCCUCGCUGCCCCGCUACAACGCGCGGCAGGUCGCGUGCGGCGUGCGCGACCCGGACAUGCCGGCCGCAGGCUUCUGCGGCGCCGCCCUCUCCGAGAUAGCGCUCGACGAGAAGCUCCUCCUCCGCCCGCCGAGCGAGCACGGCGACGGCGACGACGACGAGGAGGAGGCGGACGCGGGCAGCUUCGCGACGCUGCCGCGCAACAGCCAUGGCAACAGCAGCCAGCUCGAAGGACAGCUCGAAGGCAAGGCGCCUCGUGGCGCCGUCCUCUGGCUGAUGCGCGAGCAGGCCGCCACCGAGCCCGCCUCCGGCCAUGCCUCCGGCGCGGCGACCGCCGACGAGCUGCGCUGCCGCCACCCGGUCCGCCUCGCGUGGGUCGACCCCGCGCCGGAGAGAGAGGGGGAGCCUCCCUCGCCGCUCGGCCCGCGGCUGCUGCCGUGGGCCGCCCUCGUCCUCUCGAUGCUCCUUUUCGCCGCCCGGGAGCCGGCGGCGCAGCAGCGGCCGUACGAGCCGGCAGCCGGCGUGGUGGGCUCCUUCUUUGUGAUUGGCGACUGGGGGUACGACACCGAGCUGCACGAGGCCAUCGCCGACACGAUGCGAGCCGAGGCGCGGCGGCGGGGCAACGUGCGUUUCGUGCUCAACGGCGUGCACGGUGUCGACGACCCGCAGUGGACCGAGAAGUGGUCGGACGUGUACCACGGGAUGGACCACAUGCAGUGGUACUCGGUUGUGGCGCUCGACAUGAACGCGGCCGACGCGUCCAAGUCGUGUCCCUGGCUCGUCCAGUCCGAGGGGUGCUCGCCGGCGCAGUGCCUCCGCACCCUCGCCGAGCGGGAGGUCGCCUCGGCGCGGAUGCUCCGCGAGCGGGUGGCCGCCAACCGCGGCGGGAACUUGCUCGUCGUGUCGCACUACCCGACCGACUUCCUCCUCGGCCGGCGGCCGGGCGGCAUCGACACGAUCGGGCUCCUCCGCUCGCACGAGACGCGCAUCUCCUACUUCGGAGGCCACCGGCACGCGACCGCUGCGCACGAGUCGGGCUACGCCGGCACGGCGUCGAUCGCGCCCAACCGCAAUUGGCUGACGGGCGGCGGCGGCGGGUGGGCGUGCGACGGGCAGCAGGGCUUCCUCGUGGGCGAGAUCAUGGCGGACGGGCGCGCCGUCAAUGUGGAGACGGUGCUGAUUGACGACGCGAGGUGCUGCACCGACCCGUGAAGCGUGAUCUGGCCGUUCGCUCUUUUUGCUCGACCGAUCAGCUGGUGCCCAUGCUCACCUC